GUUGGCUAUAAUAUAGCGGAGUGGGUUGUAAAUUCCCUUGCCUCUAGCGGAACUUAGUAGCGCCAUAUUUAUGGUGCACAUUUCGGCGGUGUGCCCCCCAGAACCCAGUACAAUAUAAACAGGAUACUUGGUUUCAUUUUGUACUUUUGUCGAAGUCAUUUCAAUAGCUUGUUUCUUUUUAUUUAGUUGUUGGCCGGUAUAAACAAUGUAAUCAGCUGUUUGUGUGAUGACAAAUCUUUGCCAUUGUGAAUUGUCCUAAAUGGCUGUGAAUUAAAGAGGCAAAUUGCAUUACUAACAUUUGUGCUUAUUUUCGUUUAAUUAUUUAUUUACAAUAAUGACGACGCUUUUUUAUGCCGAACCUGAACUGGUGAUUGCUUUGAAUAGAAAAGUGAUUUUCGUAAAUCCAAAAGAUUUGCAAAUUUUUAAAGAAUUAGAAAUACCUAAUGAUUUGACUGAAGUCGGCCUGAAAGCCUCUAAAGGUAUUUCUGAUGUGGACGGCGAGGGUGAAAGUGAACAAUCUAAAGUGACGAAGAAGCCAAAAGAAGUGAAACCAGAUUUACCUAGCAUUCUUCAUGUUGAACUUUCCACGGAUCAUUGCUUAUGUGCUGUAACUACUGCAGGUCAAAAAGCUGUCUUGCUCUACCAAUGCCGGCCUGAACACGCUAAACUUGUGUCAGUGAGACCAUUAGCACGUGCUUCAAGUGCUCUUACAUUUAGCAAAGACUCCAAGGUGCUUUUGGUGACAGACAAGUCAGGAGAUUGCUACAAAUAUGAUUGUGUAAAUUUCGAAGCGGAACCACAACUCUUAUUCGGCCAUCUGAGCAUAGUCUACGAUGUAUUAUGGACGCCAGAUUCUAAAUAUAUUAUCACUUGUGAUAGAGAUGACAAAAUCCGCAUAACUAAUUAUCCUGAAACACAUGAUAUAUACGGCUAUUGUCUUGGCCAUAAAGAAUUUGUUUCUGGACUAACAUUUUUGAGUGAGGACACAAUUGUUUCCAUAUCCGGAGAUAAAACUUUACGUAUUUGGAAUUUCAUAAGUGGCCGAGAAAUAUCCAAGUUUGAUCUGCCAGCACCUGCCUUAAAACUUUGCUUGCGACCGAAGUGUGAAAAUAAAUUUGAAGCCUCAGUAUUGUUAUAUCAACCGGGUGAAAGUGUUGUUAUUUACGAAAUUAGUAACAGCUGUGAGGAUCAAUGGUUUAUAACAGAGCUAACAAAGCUUAGUUAUCCGGAUGUGAUUAUAAGCAAUAUUUGUUUCGUAAAUGAAAGGCUUUAUGCUAGUAGUAUUGUUGACGAACAUUUUAGCUUGAAAGUUUCGAACGUGACGGAUGGUCAACUAAUCAUACCAACUGACUGUAUUAAUAUGAUAGAGGAACAGUUCAGAUCGGAAGUGUGGAAGCCUGAAGAUGUAUCAGCUUGGUUUAAGAAACGAUAUGACAAUGUGAGUGAUUAUCUAGAACGCAAGAAACGUCGGAUUGAGGAUAGGCAAAAGUAGUUUUUGGGUUGGCCAAGUUAUUUGUCUAAUAAUUAUUUUUACGUUAAAUAUGUGCAUCAAAUAAAGUAUAUUUUUUAAAUCGAGUAA